AUGACGGAGGAAGCAACAGUAUAUCAGGGCCUAUGGCCCUUGGGUAUUGCCAUAAUCUUCUGUGGCUCUCUUGCUGGCGCUGCUGGAGAUACAAUGGUACGAAUGUCCUAUAGUGCAGCAGGACCUGAACCCUCAACAAAAGAAAUGCUAAAAAGACCAAUGUUUAUUAUUGGCAUGAUAUUAACAACUGCUAUUGAUGCUGCAUGCACAUUAGGUGCUCUUACCUUUGCUCCCUCCCGUUUAUCCUUAGCAUUAGCAUCAGGUGUAUUCGGAGGAAAUACAAAUGUAUCUGCAAAAGUAUUAACUAUUGCUGCUACACAAAUCUUUAAGGGAGAUGUCUCUCUAUUACGCAGAUUUGAGGCAAUAUACGUAAUACCUACAACAAAUAGUUGUUUAGUAGCUGAGGGUAUAGCGCCUCGCCCCGUCGAAGAUCCGCCAGAGUCUUACAGGUCUUGGGCUCCAUCUAGUGAAGCUGUAGCCAUGCCUCCACGGUAA